AUGUCCGACCUCAAAACAUACUUGGCUUCCAAGUACAUGUCUGGCCCGAAGGCCGACGCGAUUCUGGCCCAUGCCGGAGUAGACAAGAAGAAGCGGCGGAAAAAGCCGAAGAACGAGGACUACGUCGGCGGCAGCGGAAGUGCGAGCGGCAGCGGGCUGGUCCUCAUGGACGAGGAUCAGUGGAGGGGAUCGAAGCGGAAAGCCGACAUUGACUUUGACGGGGACGAUGCUCCAGUCAUCGGCAAGGAUGUUGCCACGUUCAAGAAGGGCCAGUCCUCAUGGUCAACCGUCGGCGCGACCGCGCUGCCUGUCCGAACGCGCGUCAAGUCGGAGCCUCGGGACGGAGAAUCCCCCAUCCCUUCGAACCCCGAGGACGACAGCGAGCCCAAGCCGAAGCAGCAGCUCACGAAACGGCGCGGAGGACUGCGAACGGCAGCGCAGAUGGCCGAGGAAGCCGCGCGGGCAGCCGAGGAGGCGAAGGCGCGGUCUCCCUCCCCAGAGCCAGACGGAGCGCACACGCAAACCGUGCACCGUGAUCGGAGCGGACGCGUGCUCGACGUCGAGCAGCUGAAGCAGGAGGCGCGGCGCGAGGAGCUCGAGGAGAAGCUGAAGGAGGAGGAGCGCAAGGAGUGGACGAAGGGCUUUGUGCAGCGCGAGGACCGCGAGGCGGCCGCGAAGGAGCUGAAGAAGAUGGAGUCGAAGGACGUCGCUCGAUACGUGGAUGACGCCGAGAUGAACAGAGAGAUGCGCGAGGUCGAGCGCUGGAACGACCCAGCCGCGGCAUUCUUGACUAAGUCGAAGAAGUCGAAAUCGAAGGGUCCGCGGUACCAGGUCUACAAGGGCUCGUGGUCGGAGAACCGCUUCGGGAUCCGCCCCGGAUGUCGCUGGGACGGAGUCGCGCAUCUUCUGCAUCUCCCUGCUGCCCUCCUGCCCUCCUGCCCUCCUGCCCUCCUGCCAGGCCCGCCAGACCUGCCAGGCGUGCCAGGCGUGAAAGGCGUGAAAGGUGUGAUGUCCAGCUGCCCACUCACGAGCUCACGAGGCUAUUACGAGAUAGGCCAAGACAAGCACACCCCGCACCCCCUCGUCCUUAUGCAUGGCCUGUCCUCAGGCAAAGAACUGGAACUGGAGGGGGGAGUGCGUGAGAAGGAUCCAGGGCCCGUUUUGGACCCGAGAUAUCCGAGCGAGCCUGCUGUCGAGAUGGGGAGCGGACAGCAAUCUAACGGCUCAGCGGGCAAACUCUGA